AUGUCACGGAGGUGUGAGGCGGGGGAUCCUCUGUCUCCCCUCUUUUUCAUUAUAGUCAUGGAUGAGGUGAUUGCUGCUACCCUGCCAAAUCGGGAGGUGCGACUGUGUGGCGAAGAGAUUGGUGCUUUGGUAUACGCGGAUGACCUUGUGUUGUUCGCUUCUUCCCAAGAGGCGUUGUCUGCGAAGCUGGUGGCUUUGCAGCAGUCACUUUCGGCGGCAGGUAUCGAGGAGGGACAUAAUGAAGCGGAAGGCCCAAACCUACGGGAGGUCGAAGCUGAUGGGCAACGGUAUGAGAGCAAUUGGCGUUCGCGGACGCUCUCGGAGAUUCGGGAAGACAAACACAGAUGGAUCUUCUUUGGAUGGAUUAUUACUGGUGUUCUCCCCUUCCCCAUGGACCUUCUUACACAUCCAUGGAACUUGAACUUUCACUUCAGUGCAUAA